UAUACGGACCGUUUAUUUACGAAUAUGCGUUAUGUACAACUGACGCGGAGUAAUUAUUAACGGAGACAAAAGGCUGUUGAUAGUUGAUAGUACGGUUCAAGUGCAGACGAUGCGCGGGCGCAUUCAAUCGCGCGACUUAUGAUACUUAGCACGCGCGAAAUACGAUUUGAUUAAGUAAAAUGAUGCUCGCGGGAGCUCACAUUGUGGACGAACAAAGUGUGGUGUAUCAGAGUGAAGGUGCGAGGACUCUGGGAGAUGAGAAGACUCCAGUGCCUUCGUUGUCCACGCCUUCCUCGAAGCCUUCAAGCCCAUCGCGGGAGUUGGAAGUGCAAGGGCUGUCUAGGGUUCCCACCAGAGAACCAGUGGAUAUACAAUUCACAAACAUCACUUGCAACGUCAACCUUGGCUUCAACAAGGGUACAAAAGAAAUUUUACACGGUGUAAAUGGACGUCUUCGGCCGAGACAACUCAUUGCCAUUAUGGGCCCAUCAGGCGCUGGCAAAUCCACACUCCUCGAUGUUCUGUCAGGGUACAGAAUGUCUGGAGUCGGCGGCACAAUUUAUGUAAAUGGAAGAAGAAGAAUCACCAAACAUUUUAAGAAGAUGUCAUGUUAUAUACAACAAGAUGACCGAUUGCAAGGCCUGCUGACUGUUGGCGAAAAUAUGGCGCUAGCUUCAGAUCUCAAACUGCCCACUACAUUAGAUAAAUAUGGAAAAGGCGAAGUGAUUGAAGACAUCCUCACAAACCUUGGACUGUACGAACACAUCAACACGAGAGGUGCUCAGCUAUCGGGAGGACAACGAAAGAGGCUGUCAAUCGCUCUCGAGCUGAUCAAUAAUCCUCUCAUCAUGUUCCUAGAUGAACCUACCACUGGUCUGGAUAGCUCAUCUUGCUCACAAGUGGUCCACUUGUGUCGAAAUCUGGCACACCAGGGCCGCACAAUAGUCUGCACCGUUCACCAACCUUCAGCGACAUUGUUUGCUCUCUUCGAUCAUGUUUACGUGCUGGCAGCCGGCAACUGCCUUUACCAGGGUACCACGAUGAACCUGGUCCCAUACCUGGAGGAAGCUGGAAUUCCAUGCCCAAUUUAUCACAAUCCAGCUGAUUACGUAAUAGAAUUAGCGUCCGGCGAAUAUGGAGACGACAAAAUUGAACUUCUAACAACAAAAGCAGAAAAUGGAAAAGCUUUGAGUUGGUUCGAGGAUCAAGAAUCAAUACCAACGAUGGAGUCCUUGAGGAAACAGUACCCGUUGAGCGUCAUGAAGGAGCUGGAUAGCAGUUCAGGAACCGAAGAAACAUCACAAUGUAAUCAGCUCUCUGUUCUGAUUCGAAGAGGUUUCUUGAAAGCCAAGCGAGAUGCGACGCUGACCCACCUCCGAUUAAUAGUAAACGUAUUAGUGGGUGUAAUGUUGGGGACACUGUUUAUAAACGCCGGCAACGAAGGUUCAAGAGUACUCGACAACUACAACCUGCUCUUUGCAAUUCUGAUGCACCACAUGAUGUCACCAAUGAUGCUGACUAUACUCACAUUCCCUUCAGAGAUGUCGGUUCUACUAAAGGAGCAUUUUAACAGAUGGUACUCUUUGGGAUCUUAUUACAUUUCUAUCACCAUUGUGGAUCUACCAAUAUCAAUAGUAUCGUGCGCUGCGUUCAGCGUGAUUGUGUACACGAUGUCUGCUCAGCCACUGGAUGCUGCGAGGUUCACGAUGUUCUUCACCAUAUCUCUGUUCACCGUACUCGUGGCGCAGAGUUUCGGGCUCAUGGUUGGCGCCGUGUUCAAUGUUGUUAACGGCACAUUCCUUGGGCCAACGUUAUCAGUACCAAUAAUGAUGUUUGCUGGGUUCGGAGUAACUCUACGAGAUCUGCCUCCCUACUUGUAUUGGGGGUCGUACGUCUCCUACUUGAGGUACGGCCUCGAAGGAUACAUUGAUGCAAUUUAUGGCCUCAACAGAUCUACACUUGAGUGUAGUGCGGAGUACUGUCAUUACAAGCACCCCAAAGUGUUCCUGAAGGAAAUUGCGAUGAGUCCAAAUAUGUUCUGGUGGGAUGUGGGUGCUCUGACGGUGACGCUCUUUCUGCUUCGUGUCGCUGCCUUCGUGCUGCUCAAGUGGAAACUAACAGCCGUCCGAUGACCAGUUAUAGUUAAAAAAUAACUAAACCAAAAUUAUCAUAAUCACUAGAUAUUACUUGCCAGAGAAUUGAUGAAGUGCAAGCCUGAGGAUGUUUUUAGGCAGUUACUUCUCAACAUACCUAAUCUACUAAAUAUGAUAUUUUAGAAAAUAUAACUUUAAUUAAAAUAUUUAAUUGUCUUAGGUCUUAUUUUGGAGAAAUUUAUUCAAUAGAUGUAGGUAGAUUGCAAUUCCUGUAAAAUUAAACUCGAGCAAGAUCGGGUAUUUGUUUUGGAUGUAAGUUUGUAUAUGGGAGAUGAUACACCACCAUCAUGACUACAUAUUAUAGUUUUGUGUGUUAUUAUUAUAAAGAAUUCAAAAUAAAGAGGUUUGGCAGUGUACAAAGUUAUUCCGUGCUAAGCGUUAAUUCAAAAUAAUAACUAAGAAACCGCGACCAAAAAGUGUCCGAACGAUGGUGCUAAGUAUAGCUAACAUCAUAUUGGAAACGUUAAGAGAUCUAUUUUAGACUCAAUAUUUACAUUGUUAAAGUUCAAUUUCAAAUUACUCAUAUUACGUCAGUACGUCAUAACAAGGCUGACUCACUAAAAACCCUGCUCACUGGACGUGUUGAGCAGACUUUUAUCUCGGACCAAAGUGUAUAAUAAUAUAUAUAGGGAAAAGAGAGCCCUCUCGACGCAUUAUGAACUGUCUAUUUGAAAACUAGCGCCAUCUGGAGAUUAGCCCCGAAAAUAACUAUUAUAAGCUCCAAAUUAUAAAAUUCAUUUUUAAUAUUGUGACGCAAUUAAAUAAUUAACUCUACUUUUUAAUGUAGGUACUGCAAUUUUUUACCAUGUUGAAAUUGCGUGUAGAGUUAGUUAUUUAAUUUUGUCACAACAUAGAACAUAAACGAUAGAUUUAGUAGUGUAAAUAUGCAAAAUGGAACACGAGAGCUACAUACAUGCGCAAACGCUAGAACUAGCCGCCAUUUUAUGACCAGUGGGCAGUGACACAAUUAAAGAAAAGUUGAAAGGUUUCAAAGCGAGUGACAGCUGACAAAGCUUUCAUUUUCAGGCCAACUAACAGAUGGCACUACAGUCUUUUGAAAACGUCACUUUAAGGCGUCUGUCCCACCCCUGUCUCGGACACUUUGAGCGUAAUUGGAAGUUGUAUCGCACGUCAAUGGUGCUAAGGCUGCAAACCCAUUGAAGCGAAAGAGGGAAUCAAAGCGGUGCAAAACGAUUGAUGCGAAGCGACGUUGCAGACUAUGAUUGCUCAUAGAAGCGGAGCAUAACUAGCCCGAGAAUAUAAAACAGCUUAUUCAAAACAAUUGUAGAUUUUUAGUUCUUUUAUAUCGCUCGCUUACUCCUACCUCUCUCAGCGUUUUAAAUGUUUGCAUUUUUACUCUCCUCCUUAAGAUGAAACAUUGGCUAUACAAACGUUCUCGACUCUUUUAUUCAUAGUGUUUAACCCUAGAUCAAAAUAAUUAUCAACUUGUAUCUCUCUGGUCCACCAGAGAGAUAACCUGACAGCUAUGCGGCUACCUGUCAUCUCCUCUCCUCUCCGCUUUGGGAGAUACUGGGGCUUAGGCUGUUUCGAACCAAAAACUAUUUUCAUUCAAAGUAUAACAGUUAUACUUAUAUUUUAGCUACGUCAAUGGAUUACUUUUUGAUAAUCCCAGUACUUGAAGUCAUGAUGAUGCAAUGACCAAAUACCAUCAUGUGAGGAAUAUGCGAGAUCAAUGAUGACAAGUUUAGGUAUUGAAUAGCUUCUGGCACUCCUGGAAUCGCUAUUUUAGAUAGACGACUUAUGUCGGGAUUAGUAAAUAAUGUUAAUAUUUACCCACUAAUUAAUGCGUUUUUCACCAAUCAAAUACAGUAAAAAAAAUAUUAAUUGAUUUAAUAAUUAUUAUAUUGAGUGACACCGGUUCUUUAAAGAUAAUAAAUACUUGCUCGUUAAAAUAUAAAAUGUACAACCUAAUUUUUAUUUAUUUUUUUGCAUUUUUACCAUGAAUUGAAUUUGUAACAUAUUAUAACAAUGUAUGAAAUUGUUAGUUAUUCACAAUAAUUAUGCUAUUCAUAGAUAUAAUACUGUGAAAUCUAGCCUUAAUUACUUAAUUGUCAUGUAUAAAAUAAAUACCAAACAUUAAUAAAAAAUAGGAGUUUUAAAUAUAUUUUAUCGUUGUAAAUGCCUACUGCCAAUGCGAUAUUUUUGAUAAAUCAAUGUGUUUUAAAAUAAAUAACAUAUAAUAUUUAAAUAAUUAAUGCAAUUGUAAGGAGCUGUGAUAUAACACAUUAAAAUACAUAAAAACAUAUUGCCUAUUAUUAAUUAAUACAGUUAAGAGAUAUUAUGUAGUCAUAUUAUUAUGAUAAUUUGUUUGUAUUUGUUUUUAUAGAAUAUGGGUUGAUGUUUGUCUGAUAGUAGGUAGCUUUAGUAACCAAAAAUAAGUAUAAUAUAAUAGAUAUGUAAGUUACAGAAAGAUAGGGGCGUGGGGGUACGACCACAAAGGGGAUACAGGGGACAACCGGGUUGCAAAAACUAUAUGUAACAGAUACGCAUACUGGACAAUAAACUAAGAAUAUACGACCUGACAGCCUCAUUAUAGACAGUCAAUUUGUGUGAUAGCUAGUGGUUUAAUAUUCAAAAUACUAAGAAGUUAAUUCAAACCGUGGCUGACUUUUUACGACUUUUAAAUCAAAAUCGGUUACAGUUACAAUAGAUUCGCUUACCUUUUCUUUCUUGCUGUAUCUCCCUAAGGUCUUCUCUCUCGUGCACCUUGUUCGUCUAUAUAGCAAAACACAUGAUCGGAUAAGUACGGCCGAACCAUUGGACGCGGUCUGGUUGCGGUAUUCGAUGUUAUGCCCAUUGUCUAUAGUACAAUAUUAUUAUUAUUACCGUACCGAAUACGAAGCCGGACUUAUUGUUGCGAGGCGCCCACCGGACAGUCCGAUGGUCCAGCCGUACCAAAUCUUACCAUGUGUUUAAGCUAUUACGUUGGACAGUGUACCAUAAACUGACAGCUACUUUAUGUACCGAAUUUAUCGGCCAUGGUACGAUCACAAUUCAGAAACAACUUUGAUAAUAGUUUUAUUUUUUUUCACUCAAUGAAAAGCUCGCUUUUAGUCCCUGGUACGAGGGACAAAAGUGGCCGAUUCUCUCCCGGCAAGACGACUUUUGUCCCCCGUACCAGAGACUAAAAGAGGCCUUUUUAUCCAGAUGGGGAAAAAAAUCGUAUACGCACCAUGUGAGAUAAGUAGGACUAUUGACGCGGAAAAUUGACAAUCACGAGUGAGAAUGAUCUUCUUCUCUCCCUAGGUGCGUAAUAUACUAUUAUCAGCAGUCCAGUGUAUAUAAAUUAUACUAACUGCAUACGCUUGUCUUAGUUAACCCCUCCCGCCCCUAUAAAGCGCGGGGAAAGAUUCAUUCAUACAUUUUACAUACUAUUCAAAUUAAAAUUUGUAAUUCAAUCCUUCAAAGAUUUUUUAAAUUCAAAUAUUGUAAUAUAUCGAUUGCAGCAGUAGAUAUAAUAUCAGGAAUUCGGAUAUAGUUUGUUAUUUACUUAUUUUUUAUCUAGCCAGUGCCAUCUGUUAUAAAUCAUGACGCUAAUAAUUGUUAUUCGUAAAUAGAUUGUAAAUUUUAUCACUAAUUCAAAUUACCAAAGAUAAACAAUUGUAUAGAAAUAAACAAUAGAUACGGACAGGUAAGCAAUACAUAUAAAUAAGAUGUGAGGGCAACAUUUGAAGAUCAUUAUUUAUAUUUCUAAUAAACUAGUCUGGACUUGGAUAUGAAUAAGAGUGCUUUUAUUAAACAUUAUUAUAAGGGACUCAGGGGCGUGCUUGUCAUAUAGGCUAUUAGGCAGUGCCUACCUCGUUAUGAACCUAAAUAAAUAUAGUGUUAAAGUUAAUUUAGUUUAGGUUCUGUUAUUUUAUAAACAAACUUCUAUUGAACUCAUAAAUUUUUCUAAUAUACCUACGGUUAGCAAUCACAUGCUCAACUACGACUAGUUAGAUCUACAGUGCCUACCUUAGAAAACCAAUGCACACCCCUGGUACACAUUCAUUCAUCGAUAAUCAGUUUGAGUUUGAUUGUCCGUUAACGGCCAUUUGUCGGAUGUUUUUUUUUUAUGACAAUAAGAGACGAGAAGAACAGGACGUUCAGCUGAUGGUAAUAGAUACUCCCUGCCCAUUAUAAUGAAAUGCCGCUCAGGAUUCUUGAAAAACCCAAAAAUUCUGAGCGGCACCACAUUUGCACUCGUCAACUCGAGACAUAAGAUGUUGUCUCAUUUGCCCAGUAAAUUCACUCGCUACGGCGCCCUUCAGACCGAAACACAAUAAUGGUUACACAUUACUGCUUCAUGGCAGAAAUAGGCGCCUCACACUGGUAAAUUAGUUUACUGAUUUAAAGAGUAUGAGACCCUUUUCAUGAUCAUGACGUGUCAUAUAGAAUAGACAGUGUCGCAUUUUCCGUUUCUGAAUUCUGGCUGGCUCUGUCUAAGAGCACAGUGUUCCCACGCCGAGUCGACAACCGUAUUCCUGAAGGCACCCCAAUACGUACCUAGUCCUCAAACAAGUAGUUUUUUGUCUUUUUUCUUACACAAAAUACAAUUUAGUCAUAAUCAUACACUGAAUUUUGUAGCCAGUUCCAUGAAACUAUAGACAAUAGUGAUUUCGUUGCAAUACAGUAGGCUUUAGAAAUAAUAAUAAAUCAAUAAAUAGUUUUUUGAUAUAAUUUGACGUUUUGUUUUGAGUACAAGCAAAUUUGACAAAUUAUUGCAUUAUCUUAUGACGUAUUGUUAAAGUGAUAUAGAUUAGGAUGUCGCAGUCGCUCGUUGUACCGCUUCGUUGCGGCGUAUAUAUGAGCGAAGCGAGGUAAACUAAGUCUGUGUACAAAAACUGACGCUUAUAGAUCAUGAACAUUCGAGAAUAAUCAAAGGAUAGCUGUGUGACAGUUAAAAUUUAUUGUGAUUUGAUCAAUCGGCUCAAUAUUUAAAUAAACAUAAACAGCGCGUGCUAGUUUAGAAUAAUUUGUAAAUCAUGUUUAUUUAAAAUUAUAAUAAUUGAAUCGAGUCGAAAUUCAAAAUUUUAUCUCGACAAUAACCGAGAAAAUUUCGAAAGCUUUCUAUGAAUUAAUUUUUUUUUUAAAUUGGGGUCACCGGUUGGGAGCACCGCUCAGCUUCGCAUCGCUCAAUAAAUACUAAUAUAAUUUAAAUCACUGUUUUUCGUACGGUUUCAUGUGCAGGCCAUAAAUAGUUUAUGUCUUCGAUUAUUUACAGUCUCAUAUGUUUUCUAAAUAGCUUUAUUAUUAUUUCAUUACAAAAGUGUCAUUUUGGAAAUACCAAUAUUUGUUCAAGAUCCGCGACCUGAUAUCUGCAGAUGUGUAUUCUUAACGAAACCUAAUUUAAAUGAAUCAAUAAUAGAACAAAGCAACAGACCAAUUAGAGACCGCCUCAUAAACUAACGAUAAGACAAAUUGUGAAAAUAUCACUGCCUUACAAUAUCACUACAGUGUACCCGUGACAUUACAAUGUCCUUAAAAACCAGGCCGUUAAAUUGCAAGAAAUGAAGUCGAUUGACAAUCUACCGUUUUAUUAUAGUAUCACUUUGGUAUUGACAAUAUAACUGUGACAUAAAUAUACUACUUAUAUAUGAUAUGAAAUAGAUGACAUAUAUAUGAGAGAGAACAAUUAAUAAUUAAAAAAUUAACGCGUUAUAAUGUUUUACACCUAGCAAUAACCUCACAUACAAAAAUGCGUUUAUUAAAAAUACAAGAAGAAACUAAAUAAUAUAAACGUGAACAGUACCAAUGACUCAUUUAAAUUAUGUUUCAUUUAAAUUAUCAGAUAGCGGUAGAAAUCAGCACCACGAUCUAAAUCGAAUUGGUAUUUAGUAGAUAAUUAGUCAUCAAGUUCACUUGGUUACUUUGAUUUGUUUUUAUUUCAUUAUCAAGGCUUAAAAUUGUAUGUACUUGUUUAUGAAGUAAUCAUUCAAUUAUUGUACUUUUUAUCAAUUUAAAAAAGAUUAUAUCAUUUCAAAUCAAAUCAAUAAUAUUUUUAUUUCAAAGGUUGAUCAUAUUACACUUGAAAUACGAGUAUGUAUUUUUUUUCAUGUAUGAAUAAGUGUAAGGAAAUCUGCCUUCCGAGCUACAGUUCGGAUUUUUGAGAAAAACGAGCAAGAAACUCUAAGGUUGCUCUUUUCAAAACAGAUAAGUUAUUACAAGUUCUUAUUUUCAGUCAAAAAAGUAAAUUAAUAAUAAAAACACAAGAGUUAUUGAGUGCAGUAGAUGCAUCAAUCCACACAUAUCGUAAAUAAAUAAAGGCAUUAUGCGAGCCUUUUAUUCGCUAUAUAUAUUAAAAAAAACAUGAAGCAGACCUCCCGGUAACAGAACUACCUAGCCACCACAAUUAGCGGCCGUUCACAGCAUGACACAUGGACCAGCCAUAAUUUUAAGCGAGCCUGACGAUGCCUGUCAGAGAAAUUUACCAAAUAAUAAAAGAAAAUUCAUCUGUAUAAUAUAAUACAAUACUUACUAAAUGCCUUUACAUACAAUUCAACAUUGUGUCGUGUUUCGUCGAGUUUUAUUAUUGUAUACUAAUUCUACAUGCGACAUGUUUAUGUGAAUAAACUAAAUUAUCUGCUCAAUUAUUAUUAUAUGACGGAUUAAUACAGAUUUAUUUAAUUAGUAUUAGCAUAUGGUUAACUAAUUUUUUGUAUAGUUUUAAUAUCGUCACUAUGUUAAAAUAUUAAACAUGUUUAUAAACUUUGAAA